GUGCAGGGCUUGCCAAAAUUCGUUCCUGGUCUGGAUCCACUUUUCAGCCGCUAGUUAAGUGAUGUAAGGAAGAGACCCUCUCUACCCGGCACUCGGAGUCUAACCACGGGGUUCCACCCACUGGUCAUUGAUCAUUAUUCAGGGCAGAGCCUGCGAUCCUGUACUUCUCGCCUCCAUAUCGUCGUCUGAGCCCUUCCCUCUUCUCACUCGGCGGAAAGAGCCACCAUUGGAGUCCCUGCUCCAAAGCCCUUUUCCUUACAGCACUACCUCGAGCUUCCUGAAAACCUUUCCUCCCCACCAUGUUCAUACUUGUCCCCGUGUCACCGCUGCCUCCUCCGCACUGAGCUUUUGAGGGACGGUGCUCGAUGAGUAUUUGCUAUACGGACGAACUACCGGCUCCGGAGUGGGGCGGGGCACCUGGAUCCCAGUACUGCUUCCUCCCUCUCGGGGCUCGGCUGACCCGCGGGCUCCGCGGAGGGGUAGAGGCUGGACGCCCCGCUCGCUCUCCCCCUCAGCUCCGCCGCAGCCCAAAGAGCGGAGACCACCGCAGAACCACCGACGGAGAGAACACGCAGGAGGCCGGGAAAACCCGAGCGGACGCCCGGGGACUCCGGAAGCUGGGCGGACGACCAACCACCGGAAGUCAGUGGCGGCUUCAGGCCGGCCGCUCUAGAAUCCCAGAGGCCCAGGGUCUCUGUGGUUGGACGCGUCGGAUCAACCCUAUUAGUUUGGGUGGCGCAUUACCAAGAGCCGAGCUCCCAGCCGAUCGGGAAAAGGAGGGGGUGGUGCAUAAUUCCUCGGGCGAUGGGGACUGAUAGAGGGAAAGGGGCCUAAGAAGGGAGAUUUCAUGAGCCGACCGACAAGGUGACAGAUCCACGCACCUCAGCCCUUCCAGCUCCCGGGACCAGAGGUGACUAACGAGCAGUUAAAGCGCAGGAUGGCAGUGCGCGCGCACGCACGGGGACGUUGCCUUCCAUUCACGCGGCGCCCGGGGCUGCUACUGCGCAUGCGUCAGAAGACGGCGCUGGGCGGAGGGUGCACCCCUGCGAAGCGCCGAGAGCCCUUUGGGCGGCUCCCUCGGGCAAGCUGGACAGCGGCGCGCGCGCGCGGGCGGAGGCGUGGCUUCCUCUGCAGAAGCCAUGGCCGAACCCCUGAAGGAGGAAGAAGGCGAGGACGGCUCUGGGGAGCCGCCCGGGCCGGUGAAGGCGGAACCCACCAACACCGCUGCCUGUGUAGCGGCCAAGAACCUGGCCCUGCUGAAAGCGCGCUCCUUCGAUGUGACCUUUGACGUGGGGGACGAGUACGAGAUCAUUGAGACCAUAGGCAACGGGGCCUAUGGGGUGGUGUCCUCAGCUCGCCGACGUCUCACCGGCCAGCAGGUGGCCAUUAAGAAGAUCCCUAAUGCUUUUGACGUGGUUACCAAUGCCAAGCGGACCCUCAGGGAGCUGAAGAUCCUCAAACACUUCAAGCACGACAACAUCAUCGCCAUCAAGGACAUCUUGAGGCCCACGGUGCCCUACGGGGAGUUCAAAUCUGUCUACGUGGUCCUGGACCUGAUGGAGAGCGACCUGCACCAGAUCAUCCAUUCCUCCCAGCCACUCACUCUGGAGCACGUGCGCUACUUCCUGUACCAGCUGCUUCGGGGCCUCAAGUACAUGCACUCGGCUCAGGUCAUCCACCGCGACCUCAAGCCCUCCAACCUGUUGGUGAAUGAGAAUUGUGAGCUCAAGAUCGGUGACUUUGGCAUGGCCCGCGGCCUGUGCACCUCGCCGGCUGAGCACCAGUACUUUAUGACUGAGUAUGUGGCCACGCGCUGGUACCGUGCUCCUGAGCUCAUGCUCUCACUGCAUGAGUACACGCAGGCCAUCGACCUGUGGUCUGUGGGCUGCAUCUUUGGUGAGAUGCUGGCCCGGCGCCAGCUCUUCCCAGGCAAAAAUUAUGUGCACCAACUGCAGCUGAUCAUGAUGGUGCUGGGUACUCCAUCGCCGGCCGUGAUUCAGGCCGUCGGGGCUGAGAGGGUGCGGGCCUAUAUCCAGAGCCUGCCGCCACGUCAGCCCGUGCCCUGGGAGACAGUGUACCCAGGCGCUGACCGCCAGGCCCUCUCACUGUUGGGGCGCAUGCUGCGUUUUGAGCCCAGCGCCCGCAUCUCCGCAGCCGCUGCCCUUCGCCACCCCUUCCUGGCCAAGUACCACGAUCCCGAUGAUGAGCCCGACUGUGCCCCGCCUUUUGAUUUCGCCUUUGACCGUGAAGCCCUCACCCGGGAGCGCAUUAAAGAGGCCAUCGUGGCUGAGAUUGAGGACUUCCACGCGCGACGCGAGGGCAUCCGCCAGCAGAUCCGCUUCCAGCCUUCCCUGCAGCCUGUGGCCAGUGAGCCUGGCUGUCCCGACGUUGAGAUGCCCAGCCCCUGGGCUCCCAGCGGGGACUGUGCCAUGGAGUCCCCUCCGCCAGCCCCGCCGCCGUGUCCUGGCCCGGCACCCGACACUAUCGAUCUGACCCUGCAGCCACCCCUGCCCGCCAGUGAACCAGCCCCUCCGAAGAAAGAGGGCGCCAUCUCAGACAACACCAAGGCGGCCCUCAAAGCUGCCCUGCUCAAGUCCUUGCGGAGCCGACUCCGAGAUGGCCCCAGUGCUCCUCUGGAAGCUCCUGAGCCUCGGAAGCCGGUGACAGCCCAGGAGCGCCAGCGGGAGCGGGAGGAGAAGCGGCGGAGGCGGCAGGAGCGAGCCAAGGAGCGGGAGAAGCGGCGGCAGGAACGGGAGCGCAAGGAGCGGGGGGCCGGGGCCUCUGGGGGUCCCUCCACUGAUCCCCUGGCCGGGCUGGUGCUCAGUGACAAUGAUCGCAGCCUGUUGGAGCGCUGGACUCGCAUGGCCCGGCCCCCAGCCCCCACACCGGCCCCGGCCCACGCCCCAGUCCCGGCCCCCACCCCAGCCCAGCCCACCAGUCCUCCGGCUGGCCCCCCACCGCAACCUGUAGGCUCCACCUCUGGCCCCCCACCACAGCCUGCUUGCCCACCCCCUGGCCCUGCUCCCCACCCUGCCAGCCCUCCGGGGCCCGUCCCUGGCCCUGCUCCACUCCAGAAUGCCGCCUCUAGCCUCCUGGCUCCCCAGUCGCUUGUGCCACCCGCUGGGCUGCCUGGCCCCAGCUCCGUAGGUGUUCUGCCUUACUUCCCAUCUGGCCCGCCCCCUCCAGACCCCGGAGGGGCCCCUCAACCCUCCACCUCAGAAUCGCCCGAUGUCAACCUGGUGACCCAGCAGUUGUCCAAGUCACAGGUGGAGGACCCCUUGCCCCCGGUCUUCUCGGGCACUCCGAAGGGCAGUGGGGCCGGCUAUGGUGUUGGCUUUGACCUGGAGGAAUUCCUAAACCAGUCUUUCGACAUGGGCGUGGCUGACGGGCCACAGGAUGGCCAGGCAGACUCGGCCUCACUCUCGGCUUCCCUGCUUGCUGACUGGCUGGAGGGCCAUGGCAUGAACCCUGCCGACAUUGAGUCCCUGCAGCGUGAGAUCCAGAUGGACUCCCCAAUGCUGCUGGCUGACCUGCCUGACCUCCAGGAGCCCUGAGGCCCACGGCCUGUGCCUUGCUGCGGGGGGCAGACCCAGCUACCAGACUCACAGAGACGUCUCCAAGGGCUGGAGCCUUGGGCCCAGCAGCAGAAGCUUGGCUAGAUUAUUCUGCAGGUUCAUCUCAGACACACUCUGCAGCCUUAAGCAGCCACCUGAGCCACCACCAAGCCAUGGAAGGAUCAGGAAACCUCUACUCCUUGAGCGAUCCUUUUCAGUAUUGUAUUUUUAUUAUUAUUAUUAUUAUUAUUGUUAUUAUUAUAUUAAUAUUAUUACACAGUCUUUUUGCCAUCAAAAUGAGGCCUGUGAAAUAUAAGGUUCCCUUUAGUGCCUAA